AACAUUUUAUCCAUCACUUGUCUUUCCAUAAUAAGAGAUUUUAAGCAUUUGAAAAAAAAAUGGCUUCCAAGGCUUUGGUUCUGUUGGGUCUCUUUGCUGUUCUUCUCGUCGUCUCAGAAAUGGCCGCGGCAUCAUCCGGCACGGUGAACUCGGAGAGUAAGGAAACUGUGAAACCUGAUCAACGUGGCUACGGUGGCAAUGGAGGAAAUUACAAUAACGGAGGAGGUUACCAAGGAGGAGGAGGAAACAAUGGAGGAGGUUACCAAGGAGGAGGAGGAAACAAUGGAGGAGGUUACCAAGGAGGAGGAGGUUACCAAGGAGGAGGAGGAUACCAAGGAGGAGGAGGCCGUGGUGGCCACGGAGGAGGAGGAUAUCAAGGAGGAGGCGGUGGGCGACACGGAGGAGGAGGAGGUUACUGCCGCCACGGCUGCUGCUACAGAGGUUACCGUGGCUGCUCAAGGUGCUGCUCGUAUGCCGGAGAAGCUGUUCAGACUCAGCCCGGUCACUAAAACAAUAUAUUCACCAGUAACCACCAUGCAUGAUUGCAUUAUGUGUGUGUGAUUUUAAGUAAACCAUGGUGCGUUUGUAAUGAAGUGCCUCAAGUUUUUGAGGCAAUAUAGAUUAAGAAGAGAACUAUGGGAAUAAAGUUUGAUGAUGUAAUGUUUUAUGUGGUUUGAGUUUUAAUUCCUGCUGUUUGCAUAAUAAAAUAGUGUGUAGUUU